AUGGCUGCGUUACCUAAAAGAAUCAUCAAAGAGACUGAAAGACUCAUAUCUGAUCCUGUUCCUGGAAUCACUGCUUAUCCUGAUGAAGCUAACUUAAGAGCAUUUACUGUCACUAUGAAUGGACCUGAUUCAUCCCCUUAUGAAAAAGGAAUAUUCGAUUUAGAAUUAUAUUUACCUGAUGACUAUCCAAUGUGUCCUCCAAAAGUUAGAUUUUUAACUAAAAUAUAUCAUCCUAACAUUGAUAAAUUAGGUAGAAUCUGUUUGGAUGUAUUGAAAGACAAUUGGUCUCCAGCUUUACAAAUUAGAACUAUAUUAUUAUCCAUACAAGCAUUAUUAGCAUCACCCAAUCCUGAUGAUCCUUUAGCAAAUGAUGUUGCUGAUGAUUGGAAAAAGGAUGAACCAAAGGCCAUUGAAGUUGCAAAAGAGUGGACGGCCAAAUAUGCUAAAGCAAAAGAAUAA